AUGAACGCCCUCCAGAACGCCAGCAGCAUCCUCGGUAUCCUCGACAUCGCCUACAGGGCCAUCGCGCGGCUCAACAGCAUCCUACGAGACUGUUCCUCCGCGCCUGCUGAAGUCCUCCGCCUGCAAGAAUCCACAACCAGGUUUCACGACCUCCUAGACAGCGUGGUGCAGGUGCAGAACACCGUCGUCGGCGUCCUGGGCCCGAGCAGAGAUGUUGGUGCGCUGUCGUAUGAUGUCGAGUUUGCGCGCAUGAUGCUGGGUCGGCUGGAGGAUGUGCUGGAGAGUGUGUCAGCUCAGCAGCAGGGUGCCGACAGGGCAGACACACAGAUAGAGACGGAGACAGAUAUCGGUUCUGUUUCCAGGGUUGGGUGGUUGGGGCAGAGAAAGACCAUCAUUGACCUGCAGAGAAGCUUGGAUGAUUGCUAUCACAGGCUCCUGGUCAGGCUCAUGGUGCUGAAUGUCACAACCACUGUCAAUGUCUAUUCUUCCCUGGCACAUGAACACCAGCUUGCAGUUGUCAAGUUACAGGAUGAACGAGAAAAGACAGGAAAACAUCCUCAUGAUGUUCUCCUGCUGCAGCAAGAAAUUCAAAGAGCAGAGCCUACCCAGCCCGACGAGGCCUCCCCUGGUCUGGAGUUGAGGCAUCGCGACAACGAGCGGAGGUUCCAGUACCUUGAGCAGACAAUUCCAGCAGUCAUCACAAAUACCACCAACUCAUCAUACUCGAUAAAACCUCCUCAAAUGCCAUCGUGUCGAUGUCGCUGCCACACAGUGCGGAGAUCCUCUCACAAGUCAUCACGUUGGGCUUUAACGGCCUUCAGGUUAACCCUGGGCUCCUUCUCUGUCCACUUCAGCGUCAAGAACCCCAACGCCAGAGCCCCUAGCCACCGCCACCGACCUUGCACUCUCGCCAGCUGCAAGGCAACCUGCUCCAGGCGCUCGUCCACACUCAGGCUGACCUAUACAUUCCCAACCUGGCUCCUCCACACAGCCAUCGCGGCGGUCUACUCGGACGCCCUAGGCCUACCAGAGCUGCUGAUCCGAGUCAUCCGGCGCAUCGCCCCCGAAGACGAGCUGGAGGGGAUCGUGGGAGACGUGAAAAGGAGAGACCUCGACGCCGUGCGCCGCACGCUGCAUACAAGGUGCCACUCGGUGUUCGACGCCAUGUGGGACGGCACGAGCCUGAUCCUGCUCGCGCUGAUGAGAGAAGACCUGGGCAUCAUCAACCUCCUCCUGUCCGAGGGCGCCGACAUCUUCCAGGAGGACGACCACGGCAACAAGCCCUACCGCGACGUCCUCAUGCAGAUCUACGCCUCGCCACACCUGCCCGCCCACUCCAGGCGCGAGCUCGAGCGCAUCAUGCCCGUCGACGAGAUCAUCGACGCCACAGAGCUCCCCGACCUGCACAAGGUCGUCCUCGGCAUCCGCUGCCUCGAUACCACCGCGUACCUCCACACAGCAGCGCCCCUCAUCAACCUGGACGCCACAGACGCCUUCCACCGCUCCGCCCUCUGGGCAGAGGCCCCGCCGACGACGCGGCCCUCGAGCUGCUUCGUCGCGGCGCCCAUGUCGACGCUCAUAACCUGGACGGGACCACGGCCCUGCACCUCGCGGCUCGUCUUUAACAGGGCUGGGCUCGUGAGGAUCCUCGCUGCGCACGGGGCGGAUGUGGAUCGCCGGAAUGUCCGCGGGGCGUCUGCCUUGUCUGGGGCGAUCCAGCUCGGCUCGCGGGAUGCCAUGGUUGCGCUGCUGCGAAUGCCUAUGGAGAUCUGCCUGGAGAGAGAAGCUGGGGUAAGGAUCAUCGAUACGGGUCAGGAUGCGUUGAGCAAGACGUUUGCGCUUCUGCUGCGUGCUGUGGCCAACCAGGGCGCGGUGGAGGAACACGAUUCGGAUGGCGAGGAGGAGUACUUCGAUGCAAGGGAAAACGGGGUUUAA